GUACGAUUGUCCUGUCUGGAUUUUGAGGCCUUACGCCCACUCGCAGCUUCCCCUGCAUACUCCUCGGUUAUCCUCCACUGGCGUCCCAUGUCAUCUUCACUCACAUCCCGCGAUUGACGUCAUCCGUAGGUUCUCCUUCUAAUCCGGCUGCUUAGCCUUCCCCCCGCUUUCGCCUUACCACAGCGUUCGUUUAUCCCUCCAGCAGCAGUUCCCGAUCCGACCGUCCCGUCGAUCUUGCGCCUCCCUGUUCCGCACAGCGAUUAGGGUUGGUUAAAUUAACUAAGGGGCUUCGCUGGCCUGGUCUGUCAACCAUUAGCAUUCGCUCGAGCCUUAGCCUUAGCUUCUGACUUCGGCUCCCAUGGCUGCAUCUUUCCGCAGAAGACGGAGAGCAUGGCGGUCGAAUCCGCCCCUGAUUUGAAGCCGUCCAGGGCCUGUCCGGGAUUAUCCAAUUUCAGCCAACGGGUUGAGCGUUAUAACUUAGUGCGACAGCACCAGCGACAGGAGACCUAGUUUAGACACGUCAACUGUACAGGCUUUCCUACCCGCCUCCCCUUCCUCCCUCAAAUACCUUCGUUACUUAUUGAACGCUUUCAUAGAAUCACAAGUGCGUUCCCCCAGAGCAGCGGAGCGCGAUAGCCAGUAUCCAUUGCCGACUGCCACAGCGACUGCCACAGCGACUGCCACCGCUAACCGUGACGAUGCAGAAGAGGCGGCGAGCGCUGAUGGCGGGUCGACUUCCAGCGUGCCGGCAUACGUCCUUAAAUGCCUUGCUACGACUGGUCCUGGGACUAGCCCUCCUCGUCACCUGCAGCGCCAGAUUCCAAAUACACCCUUCCAUAGAGCGACCGGUGAUCUCGAGACAAAGACUAGAAAACGAGGCCAUUCGCAGGCUCCUCGGCGAUCAGGCCUUUGCGCGGCGGCACCUGGCGUCCGCGUUCGUGGGCACGGUGGUGACGCUCUUCGCGCGGCCCGCGCUCAACGGCAAGUACGCCAACGUGCAGGCGCCCUCGCCGGGGGAGUGCCUCACGCUGCCCGCCGCGUUCAAAGGGCAAACCCAAAGCGCGGCGAUUGCGUGGAACGUGAAGUCCGCCGCGUCCGGCGGGCAGGCCGUGAAGCUGUGCGGCAGCGUGAGCCUGUGGACCGGCGAGAAUUGCGGCGGGUACUCGAGCGUGUUCGUCGUCCCCGGGGGCUGGCGCGAGGCGAGUGCGUCGAGAUACGACUAUCCCGACACGCCCGUCAAGUUCUUCACCGGAGUUUACUCGCCCAUCCGCUCCAUAUCGUGCGCCAACUACGUGCCCAACCCGUGCACGGGGUACCGCUGUCCGCCCAACUCGCAGUGCGCGCUCGACGGGGGCACGGCGCCCACGUGCGCGUGCGUGGCGGGAUACACCAUGCGGGACGGGGAAUGCAUCAACACGUGUCAAGUGACGGCGUGUCCGGCCAACGCGUCGUGUUCGCUGGUGAACGACCGGCCUGUGUGCGCGUGCAAGGACGGCCUGCUCAUGCGGAACGGCGCCUGCAUCGACCCAUGUGCGGAGAGCGCGUGCAAGGCGCCAGCGACGUGCAUGGUGGACAGCAGCACCAGCACUGCGGUGUGCGCAUGCCCGCCGAACUGGCGCCUACAACGCGAUGGGGUGUCGUGCGCUGACCCAUGUGCGAUGGUGCAGUGCCCCUCGGCAUCGUCAUGUGUGGCGGUGAGCGGUGCUGCGACGUGCUCAUGCCCCAAGGGCUUCUCCUUCUCCAAGGCCACGUGCAUUGCCUCCAGCGUGGUGAAGAAUGCGGAGUACCUGGACGUGCACAAUGGCGCGCGCUUCGCUGUGGGGGCGCCCGAGAUCAAAUGGAAUGACACAUUGGCAAAGCUUGCGGCAUCAUGGGCUUCACAGCUGGUCACCAACAGCACCAUCAACAGCAACCAGUGCGGCACGCUUGUGCACGGCAUGUACGCCCUCCCCUCCGCCUCCUCCCAAACCUCCUCCCUCAAAGCCACAGCUUUGAAGUCAAAGUCCAAGUCGUCUCUUCGCAAGUCCUCCGCCCUCCCUUCCUCCAUCCAGUUCGCCUCCCCUCCGCCGUCCUCCUCAUCGUCUACUGCUUCUCUACGCCUGGGGCAGAAUCUAGCAGCGCUGACAGGGCUGGGGCCGGGGCAGGUGGCGGGGGCGAGAGCUGGGCUGAAGGUGUGGGUGGAGGAGGGGGCACGGUACUCGAGAGCCGUGUUUGUGGGGGAUGCCGGGGACUCUGGCUCUGGGUGCAGUGGCGGAGACUGGAAGGCGUGUGGCCACUACACGCAGAUGGUAUGGCGGACCACCACCUCUGUCGGCUGUGCCACAGCCACAUGUCCAUCAGGAGCAGCUCAAGUGUGGGUGUGCAACUACUACCCUCCCGGCAACGUUAUCAACUCCUACCCCUACUGACACCCUCUGAUGCCUUUCUAACCGUCCUCCGCCGCAUUCCUUCUCACCCUCUCCUCGUGCCUCUGCCUGCCGAGUCCCCAUCUGUAUCAUCUACUUUUCCACAACACGCACUGCUGCUGCCGCUAGUGCCGGUGGUGUUUGCUGCCUGGAUGUAACAAAGGUCUGCUCAGACCGCCAGCCUCGGCCCGAGCCUUGAGCCUGUUCUUUUGCUGCACCUCACCUCUGGUGGCUGGGUGGCUGGGCCCGGCUUGACCUCGGGUUGGAGCGCUGCUGUACCAUUACUGACGUAGCAGGGGUAAACUUUGGGAGUCCAAGUUCCGGGUUUAGGGUAAAAUGCUGUUUUGCGAUAGCCCUGCCCUCUCCACCAGUGCGGAACAAUAUUUUACAUGGUUGCUUCUUUGCGAGUGCCACAUUAUGUUCAUUCGUUAAUAUAUUCAUUGAAUGUUAUUCGUCGAUUGAAUCCAAU